UGGCAGUCCGCGGUCACUCCCAUCGUGUCCGGGGACUACAGUCACCACCGGGACCGAGCACCGAUGGCAUCGCGGGUCUCCUUCACCCAACUGCGCCUGGAGGCGGAGCUGGAGCGCCACCGGGCCGAGUGCCAGUGGGACAAGAUGCCGAUGAUCAUCGACCAGAUGAAGGCGGCACGCUUCCAUGAGGACGAUGACUACGGGACGCUGCUGAUGGCGGAGGCGCUGCUGGAGGAGUGCCUGCAGGACAACAUGGACCUGUUACGGACCUCCACGCCUCUGACGGAGAAGGCCCACCCCAGACUGAGCCGGGCCAAAGGCCACCUCAACACCAUCCUCAGCCGAGGCCUCCUCACACCCAGGUACCUGAACGAGGCCCUUCUGCUGAUGGCCAAAGUGCACUAUGUGCAGGGUCGCUACAGGGACGCCCAGGGAAUGUGCGCCAGGGUGGGGCUAGAGGAGCUGACGCGGGACGAGCAGCCGACCUACCACCUCCGCCUGCUGGCCGAGGCCUUCGUCAUUAAAGGUCUCUCCCUCGACCACCAGACAGUUUCUUCUGUGUCCCGGGUCCGUCUGUCAGAGAGGGAGGAGGAGAGUCUGUCCUGCUACCUGCGGGCCUGUGAUGCUUCUCUGUCCUACCUGCAGGAGCUCGAUAAGACGGUAUCGACACCUCACACCAAGACAGCCAAAGCCAGUCUUCUUCCCCCUGUGGACGUGGACCUGGGCUACUUCCUGCAGGCUUCCUUACAGAGUGCUUACCUCUGUCUGCUGCAGCGAGGUCAUCUGGCGCAGGGUGCUCACCAGCUGCGUAGAGUGCUGAGGGUUGUGGAGUCCCGGGGGUCUCAGAGCUUCAGGAAGUCUGCAGCGAGGAAGCUGGCGGAGGUGUUGCUGAGUGCUGUGAGCGAGGACAGCUACUGGCCCCCGCUGGGCCCCCCACCCGCAGCCUGGCUCCACAGAGAGGGAGCCGCCGUCUUCAAAGACGCCACCUACCCCACUGUCAAACCGCCACAACGCUACACCACCGACUGUUGCUUCUGUCCUCAGGACGUGCUGGAGGAGGCUGUGUUGCUGCUGCUCAUCACAGAGUCUAUGGCCAGCGGCGAGGCGGUGAUCAGUCGGCUGCCUGACCAGGCCGAGGCUCGCGAGGCCAGCCUGCAGGACGCCAACUCCGUCUACGACCUGCUCACCAUCGGCAUGGCCAGGAGGGGGCAGUACGGCAUGCUUUCCGAGUGUCUGGAGCGAGCCAUGAAGUUCUCAUUCAACGAGUUCCACCUCUGGCACCAGCUGGGCCUGUCACUCAUGGCGGCCGGGAAGGGGGUUGGUGCUGUGUCUGUAUUUAAGGAGUGUGCCAGGAUGAGACCCGAGGACCCCUCGCUGCCCCUAUUGGCUGCUAAAGUCUGCAUUGGUCAACUGCACUGGUUUGAGGAAGCCGAGGCUCUGUCACAGAGUGUGGUGUCCAUGGGGGAAGAAGCCGGAGAACUUCUACCUAGGGCCUACCUGUCCUUGGGACUGUGCUACAGUUUACAGGCCUCUGAUGCAACUCUGAAAGCUGAUCGGGAUGAAUUCCACAAAAAAGCACUGCGAGUUUUGAGCAAGGCUCAUUCAUUAGACCCCCAGGAUGCUCAGAUUGCUAUGUACCUGGCUCUGCAGCUAGCACUUGUUCGACAGGUGUCGGCUGCCAUAGAGCCCUUGCAGGCGGCUUUAAAUCUCCGUGGAGACGACUUGCACUCCCUCCACCUGCUGACUCUGCUGCUGAGCGCGCAGAAACACCACCGCCAUGCCCUGGACACCCUGGGCCUGGCCCUCAGCCAGCACCCUGGCAACUUCAAUCUGCUGUUCACGAAGGUGAAGUUAGAAGAGGUCCUCUUCGGCCCGGCGGCAGCCCUACGGACCUGUGAAGAGAUGCUGCAACAGUGGUUGAGCCGCUAUGACGUCAGCCGCUCCAGUGAGACAGAUGACAGCAGCAGCCUUCCGAUGGCCGAGCGGACGGAGGUCAGCCCUGGACCCAGGAAGCCCUCCAUCCACCUGACCCUGCCCAACUUCCAGGACGCCUCCACUAGUCUCUCUCUCUCUGGUUCGCUGAGCCCUUCAUCGAUCGCAGUGUCUCGUCUGGAAGCUGCGCUAUCGGAGGUGUCCGACCUCAGCUCCGUGCGUCGCCAAGGACCCACUUACAUCUGGACCACCCUAGAAUGCAUUUGGCUGCAGGCUGGGGAGUUGUUCAUGGGGGACGGACGGCUAAAGGAGGCCCAGUUCUGCAUAGCCGAGGCCAGCUCGGUCUCUCCCAACUCGUACUCAGUGCUGCUGCAGCGGGGCCGUCUGGCCGAGCUCCGGGGCCAACUGGACGACGCCAAAGGCCUGUAUGACGAAGCCCUGGCCAUCCAUCCCACAGAAGAGCGCACACUAGUGCAAAUGGGCCGUCUACUGGUGAAAACCGAGCGCACCCACCUUGGGGAGAAGGUCCUGCGUGACGCGGUUCAGGUCCACUGCACCUCUCACGAGGCAUGGAGCGGUCUCGGAGAGGCCCUGCAGUCCCGGGGCUCCAGCCAGGCCCCCGACUGCUUCCUGACUGCCCUGGAGCUGGAGGCCUCCUGCCCCAUCCGGCCCUUUAACAUCAUCCCCAGGGAACUUUAAAUGGGCCUGGGCGGGGAUUGUAGGUCUGGGUUUUAUAGUAAAACUGCCAGGUGGGAACAGUGAAAAGCAGUUCCAGGUAGAAAACACCUUGCUUAAAUGGAAAGUUUGACAUUGUUUCUGAAAACAACAAGAGCUUGAUAAGUACACUGAUACCACUGGUGACUGUCUACUGUACAUUAAGCUACGCCUAGAAGACAGUUAGCUUAGCAUAAAUCAUUCUAAAUACACAAAAAAAUAAAAAUGAACAACAAUGUUGUUGGUGAACUUAACUACGUAGGCACAUAUUUUGUUGCUCUCGGACACGGUAGCUGUUUCUUUAAAUGCUAGGCUAAGAUAGCUAGUGGCAGGAUGUAGCUUUAUACAUCACUAGCAGUUAUGAAUAUGACAAUGUACAUCUCCUAUAGAGCUACAGGUACAGAAGCCAUAGCUCUUGUGUAAUUAGGGGAUAAUAAGUAACAUUCGUAAUAAUCUGAAUCAAUGGGUGUUAAUUUAAUGAUCCACAAACAGCAGAUGUGUGCAGGGUUACACCAUAAGGAUAGGAGGUUUGUUGUUGUGUCAUGUGUGGAGAUGAAUAGAUUAUGUACAGGCUGUCAGCAACACUAGUAGGUCCACUUCAUCUUUAUUUUAGCCUUUGAUGUAUUUUUGAUGAUCUCGUUGAUGGAUACAACUUUCAUGUACACACGAAGAAAAAAAAAAACCUGUCAUCCUCAAAUGAAAGCACAUCCAUUUUCUAGCGGCUACAAACACGUAUCAUUCUAUAUGUCUUCAUUAUGUGUGUAUUUCCAUGCGGCUUGUCCAAAUAUUAUGUAUUUUCAUGCAUGUGUGUUUGCUUUUAACCAUCCCUGUGGGUUGUUAUCGGUUGCUGCUCUGUUUGUUCUGUAGGCUACUGUAAGCGACUCAUUCGCUCAUAACUGUGUUGUUUAUUUUGGUCUUUUUUGGGGGGGGUUCUUCUUUUUUUUUCUCAUGUGCUCAUUAUGCUCCCCAUUAUAAACAACAACGGCUUUUAAAAAUCACUGUUGGGUGCUGCGUCUUCACCUGCACUGUCACUUGUGACUAAUGGACAUCACUUCCGAGUGCCUAACCACAUUAAUGUGAGCAGUGGGACUGGGCUGCCGGCUUAUGUAAUACUGCCAGCACAGUUUUCUGCCUCCUCCUCCUCCUCCUCCUCCUAUCUCACUCUCUCUCUCCUCCUCCAACUCUACGUGUCUCUCGCUCUUCUCCGAAGUGCCUGAUGUGAUGUGAUGUGGCUUGGUUGCCUAGCAGCCAUCCCCUUGUUUGAGUAACUGGAGAAGCAGAGAGAAAUCUGGUCUGUUGAACAACACACACUUGACGCAUGCGCACACACAAACACACAACAGCACUCACACAAGCAGGCAAGCGACGGAAAACGCACCCGUUGUGAGGUUUUACAGGCUUGACAGUGUCUGCUUGAUGUCUGCUGUUACCAUGUAAGGUAUGAGUCAACUAUAAUCAAUGUCUCAGGAUGGUGUAAAUUGAUUAGUGUUAUGGGAAGAGUCACCCCCCUCAUUCAUUAACUGAUUCCCUCCCAGCAGGGCUGCAAGCACAAAUCCCUGCCUUCUUUGUCUUGUCUUAAAACUCCACAAUCGCCCACGCUGCUAUCGCUCCCCCAGCAAGGAAAUCCCCCCCCAUUCAAUACUUUGAUUCCCACGUGGGAAUUUAUCGAUCACUGUCGCUCUUUUCUGCCGCCCAGAAAAAAAAAAGAAAUCUAUUUUUACAUUUCCCUCCUCGCUCGCUGGCUCUCCCUCGUUCUGUCCUCUCCUCAUUAGCGCUGUGUUUGACACCUACACAGGGGCUUUCGGGAGAUGAAUGGUCUAAUCCCUGUGGGUAACAAGUGAAAUAUUACAUGGUGUGCACGCACAUGCACAAAUACACACACACUGACAAUGAGAGGCACCGUGAACACAUGGUGUGGUACAUGCUUUUAUACACUCACGCACAUAUGCUAUGGUCUUGACAGCUCUGGUAAAGGGAGACGAUUAAAGGCCUGACAAUCUAUUCACCGCACACACGUAAAAAAACAAAAACAAAGCGCGUACACCUGGGAUCAAUGAUCAGACCGUAUGGUCUAUUGUGUGCGUCUGCGUCAUCAUGAUGUCAAAGCACCCAGCCGUGUCGCUCUGGUUACGCCUGAGCAUCACAAGACUGUCUUUGUGUGUGUGACACGAGCAUGAUGGAGCGACUGGUAUCAAGUGUUCAUGUACACUCGCUGCAAAUUUAUGGUUGCUUUGUACGGCGCGUACACACCAAACCCCGGAGCUCUCACCCCUUGUGGUGCGGUUCGUUCAGUUGGUGUGAACCACGCGGAAACUUCUGGUUCUGACAAAUGAAGUCAAUGCAGAAGUGUGUUGGGGGGGGGGGCGACCUCUACGAUUGUGUGGGCGUAAAUGAGAAAAUGACUUUACUUCUCACUUGAGUUAUUACCUAAUUAAAUUUCAACCAUGACAUUAGGAUCUCACAUAUUCAAUACAGAGUGAUGUUUAUUUCAAGAUUUUCAUGCGAUGCUAAUUUGGGAUUUUGGGUUGCAGAAAACAAAGUGAAUUGAAUCUAAUUAUUUUCUGGAGUGAACACCAUUCAAUCCAAUUAAAGGACGAUUUGUCACAGUGUUCUUUAUUUUGUUUAGAAGGGCAUUUUCCUUCAGUCACUGGAAAACUAUUGGCUUUCUUUUUGCGCAUUUAACAACUUUGCUUUCAUUGUUUUCGCAGCACAGAAAGCAGGGCGGGUGCGGGGUGGUAUUCAGGUCACAGUAGUGUGGGUGUGCAAGGAUGCCAAUCCUGCAGGGCCAUAUGCAGGGCACGGGUUGGGAGGUGUCAUUGCAGGGCGCCAAGAAGGAAACCAUAAACCUUCAUUGUGAUGUCCAAAGAAGGCAUGGGAGUCAUGGAUGGGUGAGGGGUGUGAUGGAGGUUAUGAGGAUCAGAUGUGGUUCCAUCAUCUCGUUUAUAAAUACAAUGACUGGUACGGUGGACGUACACAUAGUUCAACCCCAGAGGGCAAGUGUGUUCCCGCAGAGUUCAAAGCAUGCUAAUAAGAGAAUGCUUUCAAAAUCCUGUGGCUUAAAGCAAACAGUUAAUAGCUUCAAAUAUAUCCAGAGAAGUACUUUUUAAAAACAAAGCUUUAUAUGCUGACAUGACUUGAUCACCUCAAAGCUUUUACAGUAAUGCAUUCAUAUAAGACUUGCUUUUAAUCACCAAUGUUCAUGGCUGCAGUAUUGCAUUAGCUGAAUCAUUACAGUUUGUAGCUAACUCUUGUAAAGCAAAGUUGUGACCUGUCCUUGUCAAAUAAUACAUUAAAAUAACUAUUUCCUCUGGGAGAAUGUUUUCCUUUCACACUAAUAUACCCUAAACAUGGAGUUACAGCCUGCUAGCUUAGUUUGGACUAGCAGAAAUGGAGAGGCAGCUAUAGCUCUACCCAGAAGAAACAAAAUCUGCUCACCAGCACUAAGAAAACAUACUUACAAAACCCUCCACAAAACCCAACCCAAACACAUCAGUUUUUGCAAGGAUUAAAAAACGAUGUAUAACAUUUGAAAGCUUCAGAGCUGCUGGUUUUGUUCCCUUCGUUCAGAGGCUAGCUGGUUUCUUGUUUUCGAGUUCUGAUGCUAAGCUAGGGAAUCGGGGCAAAAGGUCACAUUUUCCAACACACAAUACAGACGUCUGCUUUGCAAGUCACAUGCACCUCUGACAGCAAAUUUCUGAAUCAUUCUCACAUUGUUGCCACAUUUUCGGACUUCCUCGGACAUAAAUGAGAUUGUCCAGCGCCAUGUCUAAUCACACCACGAGAAGCGGCCACAUUCUCCCCACCUGAUCGGCCUCCAGCUCUCGGUCGAGUUCCACACACACACCGCAACGGUGCCAGCGCCCCUUAAACAAUGGCCCCCUUGUUCGCUAACAGUUGGCUAUUGCAGCUGAUUAAACUUUUAAAAUGCCAUUUAACAGAAGCGUAAUGUGGCUCCGACGCAUCCAUCAACAGCCUCUGGGGGGUAAAAGGAUACCUGGUCACCCUCACGGUGUGUCACUCUGCCCACUAAAUUCCUCAGCUGCUUAGUCAUCGCCCCUAGUGUGGGAUGUGGUGAUGAGAGUGAACAUGACCUGGACUUAAA